AUGGCUUUACCACUACCCUCGGGGCUGACCCCCUCCGAGGUCGCGUUUCUAUGUGAAAUGGAACUUGUUACUGUAGUCCCUCGUCAACGACUUGAGAGUAUUGAGCUUCUAACGGGCACAACACCAGCCCUUCGACCACCGCACCGAAGUAACCUACCGCUAUGGCUCGCAAUCCUUUUAAAGAAACAACGACGUGCGAAUAUUGUUCCUCCUCCAUGGCUUCACCCCGACUCGUUACGCGAUAUUGUCCACCAAGAAACAAUGGUCGAUCGAAAAGGCUGGGCACCACCGCCUCCACCACCAGCCCGAGCCGAUAGUCGAGGCAAUGCACGGAAUCCCUUCAUGGACGACGAGACUGUUCUUUCUCCGCCGUUUCUCCCAUCUUGCACAUCAGAUGCGCCUACAGGAGCUCUGCCGUACCACUGGUUCGAAGUUGCCGAGAUGCUUCUUGCACACGCCUCUGAUGACAUUUCAUCCUCGUCAGAAGUGCGAUCACUGCUCCGAGACUUGCAAGAGGUCAGAGCCGCCAAGAUGCGAUCCAGUACAGCCCAGCUCGAGGGCGGAGUCGACGGUGUCAUGAGUUUGCGAGGAGUGGGAGCUAUGGAGCUUGCAGAAAGCAGAGGAUUCGUUAUUGGUGUGGUCGAAGGUGUGAGGAAGCUCGGCGCAAGCACAGAAACAACAAGAAGAGAAGAGGAGGAGGAAGGCGGUGGCCAAGAGGAGGAUGAGCAGAGUGACGAAGAUAUGGGACUAUGA